AUGCUGCCUGAAAUACAGGCCAAUCGGUACUCUCCCACCUUACCUUCAUUAACCACCCGUUCUUCACCUGCAACUGUGCUGUUUAUAUCUAGUAAGGCCUUUAUUAAAAGCGGAAGUCCACGUUUCGGGUUGAAACUGAAUUCACUUUUACAUAUUUCCAUUAAUAUCACUUGCGUUGUUUUGGGCGAGAAGGUUUACAGAAGCUGUUUCUCUGAACAAGUCAGCUGCCAGACUGUGCAGAACCAACUCGUCGUUAUUGCAGGGAUUCCUUUUGGAAGCAGCAUGAUGCAAACUGAUGAUCCUUACAUGUUCAUGAGAGGCAAUGAGUCCUUCUCACCAAAUGUCUUUCCUGAUCCCAAAUCAACCACGGCACCAGCCUCCACAUCAACAACAACUCCAUCAAACCCUGGUAUUGUUCCACUGGACAAGAAACCGUUCAAAUGUUCCCACUGCUCCAAGGCGUUCCUCUACAGCAGCAGCCUCACGGCCCACGAGAUGAUGAUGCAUCGCUCCGAUUUGCCGUACGAGUGCCGCGACUGUGGGAGACGCUUUUCUCUCAACACCCACCUUGAGCGGCACCAGAUGAUACAUACAGGUGAGAGGUCUUACCAGUGUGAGGAAUGUGGCAAAACAUUCCUUCAUCAGCGUUAUGUCAACGCACAUGUUCGCCGCAUUCACAAUAUCAGCAGACCUUACAAAUGCGAAUAUUGUACAAAGGCCUUCGCCCACAACUGUGAGAGGUCUUACCAGUGUGAGGAAUGUGGCAAAACAUUCCUUCAUCAGCGUUAUGUCAACGCACAUGUUCGCCGCAUUCACAAUAUCAGCAGACCUUACAAAUGCGAAUAUUGUACAAAGGCCUUCGCCCGCAAUUGUCACCUGACUGAACACAUUUCUUUGCAUUCCAACGAGAAGAGCUACUCAUGUGAGCUGUGUGGUCGAAUCUAUACCCAGCGUGGUCACUUAAAUCAGCACCUUAAGGUCAAUUGUGAUGACAAACCUUACAAGUGCCCCUACUGCGAGAAAUCAUUUACACAGAGUAAUUACUUAAUAAUGCACACCCGCAUGCACAGUACUGGUCCCCAACCCUACCAGUGCCAAAUUUGCCAGAAAUAUUUCACCAAGUAUGAAGACCUGGUCAGUCAUGCCAAAAACCAUGAAGGUCCGGCUGUAAAUCAGCCGACUUUGGUGCCAACAGAUAAACAGGCCAAGUGUGAGAUCUGUGGACACCUGUUUGACUUGGAUGACCAUUACCGAGAUUUAUUAGUAUUUGCUGAUGAGAAGAGGUUCCGAUGUCCUCAGUGUGAGCGUCUCUUUCCUCAUCAUGUCGCACUUGAUAGGCAGCCACUAGUUCCUUCUGCCAUGACGCCUCCCAGUCCAAAUUUUUUUCUGCCAAGUAACAAAAUCCUGCUUCCUACUUGA